UCCAAAAGAGGUCAUUUAAGAGGUUCUAGUAUUCUCCGAGGCUGAAGCUGAGAGUCUGAAAGCCCGAAGCUUAAACUCAAUUGUAAAUCAUAGUUCCAUCUUCAGGAUAUAAGGAAAAGAAACCCUAUUUCCACAAUGGUAGAUCUUUGGUUGUACAGGUUUCCCAAUGAGUGGAUCAUGAUGACCGUAUGGUAGGGACUUGCCAUAGUAUGGCUGCUUCCCGAUCUACUCGUGUUACAAGAUCAACAGUGGGGUUAAACGGCUUGGAUGAAUCUUUUUGUGGUAGAACUUUAAGGAAUCGUAGCAUUGCUCACCCAGAAGAAAUCUCUUCUCAUUCUCAAGUACGCUCAAGAUCACCAAAGAAGAGACCAGAGCCUGUGCCAAUUCAGAAAGGAAAUAAUAACGGAAGAACUUGUGAUGUAAAACAGCAGAGUGCUCGAGAAUCAUGGGUAAGCCCUAGGAAAAGAAGACUUUCUUCUUCAGAAAAGGAUGACCCAGAAAGGCAGGCCCUAGAGAGUUGUGAGAGAAGGCAGACAGAGCCAGCACCGCCAGUCUUAAAGAACAUUAAACGCUGUCUUAGAGCUGAAGCCACAAACAGUUCAGAAGAAGAUUCGCCUGUAAAACCAGACAAGGAGCCAGUAGAACACAGGAGGACAGUAGUGGACCAUGAUGCAGACUUUGAAGGGGCUAAACGAGCUUGUCGAUGUCUUGUAUUGGAUGAUUGUGAGAAAAGGGAAGUUAAAAAGGUGAAUGUCAGUGAGGAAGGGACACUUAAUGCUACAGUAGUAGAAGAAAUCACAGGCUAUUUGACUGUCAAUGGUAUUGAUGACAGUGACUCAGCUGUUAUAAACUGUGAUGACUGUCAUCCUGACGGGAACACUAAACAAAGUAACCCUGGUUCCUGUGUGCUGCAGGAAGAAUCAGUAGCUGGAGAUGGGGAUUCGGAAACCCAGACUUUAGUGUUCUGUGAUAGUAGGAAGGAGGACAGUUGUAUAGACCAUUUCGUGCCUUGCACAAAGUCAGAUGUGCAGGUCAAGUUGGAGGACCACAAACUAGUAACUGCCUGCCUGCCUGUGGAACGUCGGAAUCAGCUGACUGCUGAGUCAGCUUCAGGCCCUGUUUCUGAAAUUCAGUCAUCCUUAAGAGAUUCUGAGGAAGAAGUAGAUGUGGUGGGAGAUAGCAGUGCCUCCAAAGAGCAGUGUAACGAGAACAGCAGUAACCCUCUGGACACGGGUUCUGAACGAAUGCCAGUCUCUGGAGAGCCAGAACUGUCCUCUAGGCUAGACUGUGUUUCAGCUCAGAUGACAUCUUUAUCAGAACCUCAAGAACAUCGAUACACCCUGAGAACUUCACCUCGAAGGGCAGCCCUGACCAGAGGUAGUCCCACUAAAAACACAUCUCCUUACAGAGAAAAUGGACAAUUUGAGGAGAAUAAUCUCAGUCCCAAUGAAACAAACACAACUGUUAGUGAUAAUGAGUCUCCCACAAAUCCUGUCGAAAUUUCUCAAGACGAAAAGGUUCUAUGUUGUGACUCUGAAAACUAUGGAAGUGAAGGACUAAAUAAGCCACCCUCAGAGGCCAGAAUGAAUAUUGGACAUUUGCCAUCUGCCAAAGAGAGUGCCAGUCAGCACACUGCCGAAGAGGAAGAUGAUGACCCUGAUGUUUAUUACUUUGAAUCAGAUCAUGUGGCACUGAAACACAACAAAGAUUAUCAGAGACUGCUGCAGACCAUUGCUGUACUUGAGGCUCAGCGUUCUCAAGCAGUGCAAGACCUGGAAAGUUUAGGCAAACACCAGAGAGAAGCACUAAAAAAUCCUAUUGGAUUUGUGGAGAAACUUCAGAAGAAGGCUGAUAUAGGGCUUCCAUACCCCCAGAGAGUUGUUCAGUUGCCUGAGAUCAUGUGGGACCAGUACACCAAUAGCCUUGGGAACUUUGAAAGAGAGUUUAAACAUCGCAAAAGACAUACUAGGAGAGUUAAAUUAGUUUUUGAUAAAGUAGGAUUGCCUGCUAGACCAAAAAGCCCUUUAGAUGCUAAGAAGGAUGGAGAAUCCCUUUCAUACUCCAUGUUGCCUUUGAGUGAUGGUCCAGAAGGCUCCCAUCAUCGUCCUCAGAUGAUAAGAGGUCGUCUGUGUGAUGACAGCAAACCUGAAACCUUCAACCAGCUAUGGACUGUUGAAGAGCAGAAAAAACUUGAACAGCUACUUCUUAAAUACCCUCCUGAAGAAGUAGAAUCUCGGCGGUGGCAGAAGAUUGCUGAUGAACUGGGCAACCGUACAGCCAAACAGGUUGCCAGUCUUGUACAGAAGUAUUUCAUAAAGCUAACUAAAGCCGACAUACCAGUUCCAGGCAGAACACCUAACUUAUAUAUAUACUCCAGAAAGUCCUCAACAAGCAGGCGACAGCACCCCCUUAAUAAGCACCUCUUUAAACCUUCCACUUUCAUGACGUCACAUGAGCCACCAGUGUACAUGGAUGAAGAUAAUGACCGGUCCUGUCUCCAUAGUCACAUGAACACUGCUGCAGAGGAGGCUUCAGAUGAAGAAAGCAUUCCUAUCAUAUAUAGGAGUUUACCUGAAUAUAAAGAACUAUUACAGUUUAAAAAGUUAAAAAAGCAGAAACUUCAACAGUUACAAGCAGAAAGUGGGUUUGUGCAACAUGUGUGCUUUAAGUGUGAUAACUGUGGUGUAGAGCCGAUCCAAGGUGUCCGGUGGCACUGCCAGGAUUGUCCUCCAGAAAUGUCUUUGGAUUUCUGUGACUCUUGUUCAGACUGCCCACAUGAAACAGAUAUUCACAAGGAAGACCACCAGUUAGAACCUGUUUAUAAGUCGGAGACGUUCUUAGACAGAGACUACUGUGUGUCCCAGGGCACCAGUUAUAGUUAUCUUGACCCCAACUACUUCCCAGCCAACAGAUGAUGUGGAAGAGAGUGUCGGCACUUGUCCUCGUCAACACACAGCAGUGGCAUCAUUGUCAAUGGUGUGCACGGUUUGGACACUCACAGCAUGAGAGCUCCCGAGUGUUCUCGUCAAGUCCAGCUCUGCACUGUGCCUGUGGAUCAGCAGCUGAACGUUCCUGGGGAGCCAAGAGGCGCCCUGGUGAGACACUCACCACCAACUGACAGCCUCGGAGGUGGGGAUGUGAAAUGGAUGCGGUGGAAAUGAGAGCACAUAUUAGUGCCAGAGUCAAUUCCAAAGGUUUUAAAGACCUCGGUCAUAAAUAUGAUAAUGAAAGACAAAGUAUUUAUAUUAAAUCAGUUUAGUAGCUUUCAGUUUUGUGAAGAUAGUUUUCAGCGCAGAAACAGAC